AUGAGCGCAGCCCUGGAGCAACUGCUGACGGAGCUGGAGGACUUCCUGAAGAUUCUUGAGCAGGAGAACCUAAGCAGCACAGCCGUGGUGAAGAAGAGCUGUGUGGCCGAGCUCCUCCGUCUCUACACCAAGACCAGCAAUUCAGAUGAGGAGUACAUUUAUAUGAACAAAGUGACAGACUACAAGAAGCAGAAUGCUGAGUCCCAGGACAAAGUGCCCAAGGAGAAGAGCCCGCUGACCAAUGGGGAGCCCAGCCCGCACUCCACGCCCCCCCAGAAGAGCCUGCCUGACCUGCCUCCACCCAAGAUUAUUCCAGAGCAGAAACAGCUCCCAAAGACCGAGUCUCCAGAGAGCUACUACGAGGAGGCUGAGCCCUAUGACACAUCUCUAAACGAGGAUGGAGAGGCUGUGAGCAGCUCUUAUGAGUCCUAUGAUGAAGAGGAGAACAGCAAGGGCAAGUCGGCUCCCUACCAGUGGCCCUCGCCGGAGGCCAGCAUCGAGCUCAUGCGAGACACCCGCAUCUGUGCCUUCCUGUGGAGAAAGAAGUGGCUGGGUCAGUGGGCCAAGCAGCUCUGCGUCAUCAAGGACACUAGACUCCUGUGCUACAAAUCCUCCAAAGACCACAGCCCACAACUGGACGUGAACUUGUUGGGCAGCAGCGUUGUCCACAAGGAGAAGCAAGUGCGGAAGAAGGAACACAAGCUGAAAAUCACACCGAUGAAUGCCGAUGUGAUUGUGCUGGGCCUGCAGAGCAAGGACCAGGCUGAACAGUGGCUCCGGGUCAUCCAGGAGGUGAGUGGCCUAAUCUCUGAGGCUGUGUCCGAGGGAAACCAGUGCCUUGCAGAUGCCCAGCGCCUCACCUGUCCGAAACUGGACAUCGAUGAGAAAUACCUGUGUGCCUUCGAGCAUGGCAGCUCCGUAGACGGACACCCCGAGAUCCCAGAGACCAAAGAUGUCAAGAAGAAAUAUUCUGCUGGCCUCAGACUGAGCAACCUAAUGAGCCUGGGCAGGAAGAAGUCCACUUCGCUGGAACCUCAGGAGAGGCCCCUGGAGACGCUCAGUUACCUGAACGUUCUGGUCAACAGCCAGCGGAGACCACGCUGGUGCUCCAUCAAGGACAGUCAUCUGCACUUCUACCAUGACCGCAACCGGAGCAAGGCCGCCCAGCAGCCCCUCUGUCUGGUGGGCUGUGAGGUGGUCCCAGACCCUAGCCCAGACCAUCUCUAUUCCUUCCGAAUCCUCCACAACGGGGAAGAGCUGGUCAAACUGGAGGCCAAGUCUUCCGAGGAAAUGGGUCACUGGCUGGGCCUCCUGCUCUCUGAGUCAGGCUCUAAGACCGACCCCGAAGAGUUCACCUACGACUACGUGGAUGCCGACAGGGUCUCCUGUAUUGUGACUGCAGCCAGAAAGUCUCUCCUAUUGAUGCAGAGAAAGUUCUCCGAGCCCAACGCGUACAUUGACGGUCUGCCUCGUCAGGACCAGCAGGAGGAGCUAUACGACGACGUGGAGAUGUCAGAGCUGACGGCAGCGGGAGACCCCGCUGAAGAAGACACUCUGGGCCCCGAUGCUCCGAGUGCCAGCGAGCCUGACCGGGUGUACCUGGACCUCACACCCAUCAAGUCCUUCCUUCACACACCCACGUGGGGCCACACCCAGGCCUUGUCCCCAACUGUGUCCAGUCUGGAUGACCUGCCCCAGGCCGUCCCUGCAGACCCAGGGCCCACUCCAGAUGAGCCCCCUGUAAAGGCAGAAGAGAGCCCUGCAGAGCAACAGAGGCAGGAGAGUCCAGAGCCCGAGGAGCCCUCCCUGAGAAUCGCCACCAUCAAAAUCCAGACGGAACAGCGGCAGAUCUCCUUCCCAGACACAGUGUCCCUGAGCUCCACCGGCAAGGACAGGCUGCGGGCGGCCACCAGUGCAGAGGUCAAACUCGGCAAGAAUCGAACAGCAGCCGAGGUGAAGCGGUACACAGAGGAGAAGGAGAGGCUGGAAAAGGAGAGGGAGGAAAUCCGGGGACACCUGGCGCAGCUUCGGAAAGACAAACGAGAGCUGAAAGAGACCCUCUUAAAGUGUACAGACAAGGGAGUCCUGGCCAGCCUGGAGCAGAAACUCAAGGAGAUGGACGAGGAAUGCAAGAUGAGAGAGAGCCGGCGCGUGGACCUGGAGCUCACCAUCGUGGAGGUGAAGGACAAUCUCAAGAAGGCCGAGGCAGGGCCCGUGACCCUGGGCACUACCGUGGACACCACCCACCUGGAGUGUGCGAACCCCCGACCCAAAGCUGCCGUCCCCACACCAGUCCCAGACUGUACUCCAGUCAACUCGGCCACAGCACUCAAGAACAGGCCUCUAUCGGUCAUGGUCACAGGCAAAGGCACUGUCCUCCAGAAAGCCAAGGAAUGGGAGAAGAAAGGAGCAAGUUAG